CCGAUGCUCACUGCUGUUGAACUAGUGCUGCGGCAGCACCCAAGUUUUCGCUCGCAAACUUCCGUGGGCAGCAAGGUUUCCACUUUUGUCGGCCCGUCACCAACGCUAUCGCUGCACCAAGCAUGCGCCAUGGGUUCUCUCAAGCUGCUCGAUCUACUGUGGGAAGCCAGCUGCACCUCGAUGGACACGAGGUCCGUAGGGUGGUCUCUCAGUAACUUUCUGCGCUCUGAGCCCCACUAUUACCACUGGGAGUUCAUUGUGUCUUUGCUGGUAGCUGCUAAUCGUGGUAACUUGGAGGUGGUGCAGUGGCUGUUUGACCAUUUCUCGGGGUGCGAGGCGCCCGCUGACGCGUUUGAAGAAGCGGCGGUGAAUGACCAUCUGCCUGUCGUCAAGUUCUUGCUGGCCAAUAGCGACAACUGCCGAGACGAGAAUGUAGUCCAUUGGAGCGACUAUGUCGUGACGGAAGCCGCCACCAAGGGGCAUUUGGAGCUUGUGCGUUGGCUGUACGAUAACGUUGCGCACAAGAUCAGCCAGGACUGUACUGACCGAGUAAUCGAGCAAGCGCUGCGCUUUGGGAGUAUUGAGCUGGCUGAGGAGAUGACGCCCCCCGGCCAGAACAUUCUCGAGUAUGCGACUGAGCAUGCCGCUCCACAAGUGGUCGAGAUGAUGCUGGACGGAGGAUUCUUGGAGACGAACGGGAGAUUAGCUGCCGAGACAACGUCACGGAUAGCUGACAAGGGCCAUUUUGCUUUACUGGAGCGUCUGCUCACUCUUUGCUCUUCUCCCACGGAGUACAUGGACAGGUGGUGCUUCGCAUUUGGGAAUGCGCUGAGUAAAGCUUGCGAGCUUGGCGAGCUUCCCGCAGCAUCCGCUGGGGCGUCGAGUGAGUAA